AUGGGAGCCAGCAUUUGCCCAUGCUUGGGGCGAGGGAAAGAGGAUGGCAGAGAGCUGCCCCUCGAUGGCAGUGGGGGUGACCAGCAGCAUGGCUGGUCCGUGAAGAAGAACGAGCGAAAUCGCAUGGAAGAUGCGACGGAUGCGACCGGCAACUUUUUGCCGUAUAUGAUGGCCAUACAGAAGCAAUCAGCUUUGUCAAGAAAGAGCUACCCAAGCUCCUGGGCAAAGCCGUGCGAGAGACUCAGACAAGCAUUUGACAAGGCCGACAAGGCUUUAUCCGAGCAUUUCCAGAAGGAAGGAGAAUCCAAUUCAGACUACGGAUUGUCAUCUGGCGCUUGCGCCUGUGUUGCUCUUCACGAGGGGCUUCAGUGGCCAACCCUGGCGACUGUCACGCGCUUUGCUGCAAAGGAG